GUGUCCUUCAGACACAGCGGAUCACUGAUCCACAGAAAGAGCCAAAGAUGUCGGCUCGGUCAUGUGAUCAGCUGUGUCCAAUCACAGCUGAUCACAUGGGACAUGUACACUGAUCAUCAGAGCACUGAUGAUCAGUGUGCCCUGAUGAUCUGUGUAGCUCAGCAGCGCCACCUGUCAUUGUUCAUCAGUGCCAGCUCUCAGUGCUCAUCCAUGCCAUGCACAUUUCAGCACCCAUCAGUGCCACAUCAAUACCACAUUUCAGCACCCAUCAGUGCCACAUCAAUGCCACAUUUCAGCACCCAUCAGUGCCACAUCAAUGCCACAUUUCAGCACCCAUCAGUGCCACAUCAAUGCCACAUUUCAGUGCCUAUCUGAGCUGCCUUUCAGUGUCACCCAUCAGUGCCAGUCAGUGCCACCUAUCAAUG